UUUCCACAAGCCAGGUUCUAGCCCUGGACCUCCCAUCCCCAACCCCCCUGCAGCCCAAGUCCCCAGCUCCUCCUGGUGACCUAUCUCCAAACUCUAGCGCCUAUCCCGCAGGGGACUGGGGACAGGUCUUCCCACCCUCUGCCACCCAGGGGAGUGGCUCCUCAGAGAAGCCAGAUGGGGAAUGAGAACCCAGUGUCCUCCUGAGGGGGGCGGGGGCUGGACUGGACCCCCAAGCCCUCCUUCCAAGCCACAGCCCCCUCCGGGGGACACCCAUCUGGACGGUGGCCACAAGAGGAGCCGAGGAAGGAAGAGCUCACCCCGGCUGGGCUCCUGAGCCAGGGCCAGGGCUCCCGGGAAGCCUCAGCAGGCUCCAGCCCUGCGCGGGGCCACCCUGCAUGCCUAAUCGGCUAUUUAAGGAGCUGUGCGCCAGCAGCCCCGGCGGCACCCCCUCACCACGUACACCCGUCCAGAGCCACCUUAAAAGCGGGAGGCAAUUGUGAAGUCACUGGCCAGCAAGUGCAGUGAAGACUGUGGAGUCCUCUAGUCCCCAAACUCCCAGUACCUGCUUCUUCUGGGGAUACCAUGUUGUUCUUCACCCUCCUGCUGCAGGUGAUUUGGAUCCUGGCUGCAGAUGGGGGUCAGCACUGGACCUAUGAGGGCCCACAUGGUCAAGACCACUGGCCAGCCUCUUACCCUGAGUGUGGAAGCGACGCCCAGUCCCCCAUCAAUAUCCAGACAGACAGUGUGACCUUUGACCCUGAGUUGCCCACUCUGCAGCCCCAUGGAUAUGACCAGCCUGGCAUCGAGCCCUUGGACCUGCACAAUAAUGGCCACACAGUGCAACUCUCUCUACCCCCUACCAUGCAUCUGGAGGGAUUUCCCCGAAGAUAUGUCGCUGCCCAGCUCCACCUGCACUGGGGGGAGACGGGUUCCCUGGGGGGAUCCGAGCACCAGAUCAACAGUGAAGCCACAGCCGCAGAGCUGCACAUUGUACAUUAUGAUUCGGAUUCCUAUGGCAGCUUGAGCGAGGCUGCUCCGAUGCCGUGGGGCCUGGCGGUCUUGGGCAUCCUCAUCGAGGUGGGAGAGACAAAGAAUCCAGCUUAUGAACACAUUCUGAGUCACCUGCAUGAAAUUAGGAACAAAGAUCAGAAGACCUCAGUGCCUCCCUUCAACGUGGCAGAGCUGCUCCCCCCGCAGCUGGACCAGUUCUUCCGCUACAACGGCUCACUCACCACCCCUCCCUGCUAUCAGAGUGUGCUCUGGACCGUCUUCAACCGAAAGGCUCAGAUUUCCAUGGAACAGCUGGAAGAGCUUCAGGAGACAUUGUUCUCCACAGAAGAGGAGCCCUCGAAGCUCCUGGUGCGGAACUACCGAGCCCCCCAGCCUCUCAAUCAGCGAACAGUCUUUGCUUCUUUCAUCCAAGUGGGAUCCCUGUACAGCACAGGCGAAAUGCUGAGUCUAGGAGUGGGAAUCCUGGUGGGCUGUCUCUGCCUUCUGCUGGCUGUUUAUUUCAUCGCUAGGAAGAUUCGGAAGAAGAGGCUGGGAAACCGGAAGAGCGUGGUCUUCACCUCAGCGCGAACCACAGAGGCAUAGACUCCCUCUCGGACGUGGUGGAUGCCUUUCCCUCCUGCCAGCCAAGGAGCUUCUAAGAUGAGGUGCAGGGACUGGCCAGAAAAUACUGUAGAAGUAGUGGGCAGACACCUCUCCUUCCUCCGGACAGGCUCUCAUUCAAAGACUAAUAGUAGAGCCUUUGGACUCUCAAAACAUGAUCAGGACCAUUCUCAUGUCGCCAA